UCAUGACAGCACAAGUACUCACUUUUGAGGAAGUGGGCGGGGUUUGGGAAUUUCCGAAUUGUAGCAACAGAUGUCUACGCACGAGCGUCAUGCAAUAGUGAUGAAACAUAUAACCAAACACAAUACACUCUAGACAGAGAACUAUGGCAGGUACAAUAAACCCCUCGAUGUUUCUCUUUGAUGUCCCCCCACUGCUUAUGCGUUCUUUUUGUAAACUGAUGGACAGUGGAGUCGACGGUCUCGGAUGGCGAGAUUUAGCUUUUCGCAUCCUUCCCAGUCUCCUGGAUGUGAGGUGCAUUGAAACGUGCUCGGCAGGAGGGAAGAGUCCCACUCAGGAGCUCAUUUGGUCUUGGGCCCAGCAAAAUAAAACGGUGGGGGAUCUGCUGAAGGUUCUGGAUCAGAUGGGUCAUGUCCGUGCUAGGAGUCUUUUUUUCCAGUCCCAAGAUUGGUGUACGCUGAGUUCAUCUUCACCUCCUAUUUAUCCCACGCAUCUUACAGACCGUGAAAAAUCUUUUAAACCAUCAGCAGUUCAUCCAGAAUUUGUGUGUGAUAAAGAUUUCCUCUCAACCUUACGUGGUAAUCUCAAUACCGUAGGUGAAAAACAGAAGUAUCUCAUCACUUUCUCAGAUGUCACAGAAGGAACAAGACAUUUUCACCAUGACUUGAAAAUCGGUGGUAGCGCUUUUGCAGAGGUCUACUGCGGAAGAUGGGGGAACCAAUCGUUUGCUGUGAAAGUAUUCAAGCAGGAAAGUAAGGCUGCUUGGAAGGGAUUGUGGGAAAAAUUCACCAAAGAGAUUGAAGUUCUACAACUCUACCAGCAUCCUCAUAUCUUGGAGCUGUGGGGCAGCUUUUCAAAGGACGAUCGAUUUUGUUUAGUGUAUCCGUACCUACAAAAUGGAUCAUUGUUUCACAGACUUCAUGAGGAGGUGAAGAGACCUCUGUCAUGGCAGGAGAGACUUAACAUCAUCAAAGGAACUGCGAAAGCUGUCCAUCAUCUACACACUGCGCAACCUUGCACGGUUAUUUGCGGAAACAUUACAAGUUCGAACAUACUCUUGGACGAGAACCUCCAGCCCAAAUUAUCUGACUUUGGAUUAGCACACCUGAGACCCCACACGGUCAACCAGAGCUGCACCAUUGUCAUGGAUACCGCCUCCCGAAGCCACCUCGGCUACCUCCCAGAGGAGUACAUUCGCGAUGGCAAGCUGUCCGUCAAACUUGACGUUUACAGCUAUGGCAUGGUUGUACUAGAGACAUGUACAGGACAGAAGGUGAAACAAGAGUCUGCAAAGACCUCGUUUUUGAGAGAUCUAGUGAGAUCAGAGUUUGAGGAGAAGGGCUGCGUGGACGCCUGUCUGCAGUUCUUGGAUCCCAAAGUGGACGAUUGGCCUCCUUCUGUUGCUCUUUGUCUGUUCCGAAUCGGCCUAGAGUGCACAAGCAGCAGAAUGCGAGUUAGGCCCGGCAUGGAUACUGUGCUUGAGAUGUUGAGCCAACUUCUUCCGAUCCCUACACCUCCUGAGGACCAACCACAUACACUGGACGAUAGGAGCGCUCUUCAGGUACCCUACAGUGCCCAUGGUCUUGCUGUAAGCAUGCCUACAGAAGACGAUGAAUUAUACAGCCCCGUGCAGGAACAUAAAGCUUGCAGAGUCAGCAGACAGUCGGGACCCUGCGAAUGCAGUCAGUCCGAGGUGACUUUCCUGAGUGUCGGAGAACGUUGCUCCGAUGAAUCUCUACUGGAAAGAGACAAUGUGUUUUCAACAGCUCAUAGUUUACAAUCAGAUGUUUCUCGUGUGGAUUUGUAUGGGAGUUUGCCUGUGGAGUGCAGCUGUACCGCUGACGCAGAAGCACAGGGAUGCGAGGACUGUUGCGCUAAUGGCUUCAAUAACUCUGUCAUAUGUGUCACCAUAGAUGACGAUGACCAGUCCUCUCAUGAUGAUAUCAGAAAUCCGGCAAAAGAGAAGAUGAGGAAUAAAAUUCACCUGUACAACCAGGGGUUGAUAAAAACAGAGGAACUUCUCUCUCUAAAGUUAGACUGAUGCACUCAACAAAUUGUUCUUACUGUAUAUUAGCUUUCCUGUAGCUCAGGUUGUGGGUUCGAUCCCAGGGGAUUGCACGUACCUAAGUAUAAAAUGUGUAGGUGACUGCAAUGUAACUUUGGAUAAAAGCAUCUGCCAAAUGUUUAAAUGUAAAUGUAAAUAUUAUUAUUAAAAUGAAUUUGAAGAGAUUUAUAAGAACUGUUGUUUAUAAUCAAUAAACAACUUUAAAGGUGA